AUGGAGGACGUGAAGCUGGAGUUCCCCUCCCUCCCGCAGUGCAAAGACGACGCCGAGGGAUGGACAUACCCUAUGAGACGAGAGAUGCAGGAAAUUUUACCUGGAUUGUUUUUAGGUCCAUAUUCUUCUGCUCUGAAAAGCAAGCUACCUAUACUGCAGAAAUAUGGAAUAACCCAUAUAAUAUGCAUAAGACAAAAUAUUGAAGCAAACUUUGUUAAACCAAACUUUCAACAAUUAUUUAGAUAUUUAGUCUUGGAUAUUGCAGAUAAUCCAGUUGAAAAUAUAAUACGUUAUUUUCCCAUGACUAAAGAAUUUAUUGAUGGAAGCUUACAAACUGGAGGAAAAGUUCUUGUCCAUGGAAAUGCAGGAAUCUCCAGGAGAGAUGCAUUUGCUUAUGUUCAAGAAAGAAGAUUUUGUAUUAAUCCUAAUGCUGGAUUUGUUCAUCAACUUCAGAGCUGGAACAAAUAA